AUGUUACAGAUAUCGAAAGGAACCAAGGAAGAUAAAAAUGGAUUUGAAGUCUUCUUUUACCUGAAAAACGUUAAUCCUGAGAAUAAAGCAGCUCAAGAUGUAUAUGUUAACGCCACUAUAUCUGUUGGUCUUCCAGAAUCUCAUUAUAAUAGUUAUGUUGGUAGUGUUUAUUCUCGUGGAGAGUUAAAAGCAUCCCAUGGAUUUAGAUGGACCCACUUUGCAUCGCUGGAUGAAAUAAAACAAAGACUUGUUGGAGAUACAUUGACUAUAUCAGUUCGUGUAGGAAGAGACCUUUGUGCAAAGAGCAACAGACCAGUAGAUCCCAUAAAAACAAAGAUCCUGAAUCUCGAAAAGUACACUGACUCAAAGAUGUUCCACGACGUACUCAUUCACAUCAAUAAUGACAGGAACAAUCGGAAAAAAGGAGACAACCCUCCUAAAAUUAACUAUUGUGGUGAAGAAGAUGAUCAUGACUUUUUGUACUAUAAUGCAUCAGGAAAUCGUACCUUUUACAGCCACAAGGUCAUUUUGUGUGGAGCUUCUGGAUGGUUCAAAAAGAUGCUUGAGCCCAAAAAUGGAGCUACGCAAAAAGUAGAACUGACACUUAAUAAUGUUGAUCCCGAAGUUUUUGAAACGUUACUGUGUUGUGUAUACUCUUCUGAGCUUCUUGUGGACGAUUUUGUUGGUGCGAUUGAUCUAUUAAUACCUGCUAAAGAAUUUGGAUUCAAGACACUUUGUUCCCAGAUCAUGCGGUUCUUUAGACAAGAUAUUAACCACCAAAAUAUUUGGCUAGUGUGGAGUAUGGCUAACAGAACUGCUUGCACACAGACCGAAACUGCAUGCCGAAAGUACCUUGAGGAAAAUCCAGUCUUGUCUAUGAAAAAUGCUUGCUGGCUUGCGGUUAAAAGCUCGCUUGCUAUUAAUUUCAUGAGUAUGGAGACAUUUACCAAACCUGUUGAUGAAUCUAUAUUUUUUGAAGCAGCUGUAGCAUGGAGAACUCAAAACAUGGAAUGGACUCUUAAUGGUGGUGGUCCAAUCCACGAGGAAAAUGCUGUCGCAAUAGAAAGGGGCUUUUCUGAAAUGAUUCGUUGUGUACGAUUUCCACAGAUGGAUCCGCAUUAUCUAACAAAUGUUGUGGAGAAAGAAGUUGUGUUUAAGAACAUGAAAGGAAGCAAAGAUCUGAUACUUGAAGCCUACCGGUUUCAUGCGGGCGCAAGUGAGCCUAGCUCUUUUAGAUGUUAUCCUCGGUAUUCUCCUAGUGAGAGUAUAGCAUCAAAGGCGCUGGUUAAGAAAACAUCCUAA